AUGCCUGUUGCCAGGUUACCAUCCGACACAGUGAAAUGUGGGACUGUGUACGCGAGAGGCAUGGAGAAGCACCAUUGACUCGCGCACGUCUCUAAAUAAUGAAUCACCGAUGCGUUCUGAGCAGGCGAAGGCAAUGAACAGGCGAGCGUGAUCAGGACCGAAUCUGCAGCGUCGGGGCUUCUGGGGGUUAAGCCAUGCAGCUCCAGCCUCCGACGCACUGCAAGCUGUCUGGCUUCAUCCUGCAUGAAAGAUGCACCGCGUCUUCAAAAAUGGAAGUCCACCGUGAGCAGAGUAUCUGUCAGGCACGGGCUGCCGUCAUGGUGUACGACGACGCCAACAAGAAAUGGGUUCCUGCUGGAGGUUCCACGGGUUUCAGCAGAGUCCACAUCUAUCACCACACGGGAAACAACGCCUUCCGGGUGGUGGGCCGUAAAAUUCAGGACCACCAGGUGGUGAUAAAUUGUGCCAUCCCCAAGGGACUGAAAUAUAACCAGGCAACGCUGACGUUCCAUCAGUGGCGCGAUGCACGCCAGGUGUACGGUCUGAACUUUGGCAGUAAGGAGGAUGCUAACGUAUUCGCCAGUGCCAUGAUGCAUACUCUGGAGGUGCUCAACUCUCAGGACGCAGGCCCCACGUUGCCAAGACAGAGUCCUCAGGUGCAGAAUGGCCCCUCGCCAGAGGAGCUGGAAAUGCAGAGACGGCAGCUGCAGGAGCUGCAGCGUCAGAAGGAGCUAGAUCGUGAGCGGCUCGAACGAGAGCGCCAGGAGCGUGAGAGGCUUGAACGAGAGCGCCAGGAGCGCGAUAGGCUCGAACGAGAGCGUCAGGAGCGCGAUAGAGAGAGGCUGGAGCGUGAACGUUUCGAGCACGAACGUCAGGAACGUGAGCGAUUGGAACGAGAGCUGCUGGAGCGCGAGCAUCAGGAGCGUGAGCGUCAGGAACGGGAGCGCUUGGAGAGAGAGCGUGCAGAGCAGGAGCGUCUGGAGAGGUUGGAGCGCGAGCGACAGGAGCAGCUCGAGAGCGAGCGCGUCGAGAGUGAGCGGCUGGAGCGCGAACGUGCUGACCGGGAAAGGCAGGAGAGGGAGCACCGGGAGCAGAUCGACAGAGAGGACGCCGAUAGAGGACGACGCGUCUCCAACACCGCCUUUGAAAGUACCCUUCACACCCCUCCACCUCCAGACUGCAACAAGAGCUCUGCCUCUUCUUCACCUGUAUCCCCUUCCACUCCCAACUACCCUCCUCCUCCUUCUUCCUCUUCACCCUCUGUAGUCCCACCUCCCACCCCACCCUUGCGCCAUUCUGCCUCUCGUUUUGCCACUUCUAAAGGCUCUGCCUUCCACCCAGUCCUACCUCAUUAUGCCACCGUCCCCAGGCGGCAUCCCGUUCAACCCACCCCCACGGCUCUGCCUCCUGCCCCAGCUUCCAAAACAGUGGUCUGCCAGCCCACCAAUUUCACACCCUUACCUCCAUCGCCUCCAGUCAUGAUCAGCAGCCCCCCUGGCAAAGCCACCGGCCCUCGGCCAGUCAUUGCUGUUCCAGCCUCCAGCCCUCUUUUCUCCUCUUCACCCACAGCGCCCAAUGGGCAUUCAGUCACCACUCAAUACCAUGCUGCUUCCCCAGUCUUGGGCCAGUCCUUUCCAUCACCCCCAACUCCACCUCUGCCUCCUCAAUCCUUGCCCCAUUUCCCCACCCCCAUGACUCCUUUUGUGUCCUGUCCAUCCAUCCAGCCUCCUGUUGUCCCCUCUCCUUCUACAGCCUGCCCUGCCAAUGCUGAUUGCUCUGUAAACUCGGUGCUGGGAGACUCCUCUGCUCCAGAGCCGGAUACAGUGCAGGCUGGCCUCUCUCUGCCUCCUCCACCCCCUCUUCCACCCGGCUCCACUGUGACCCCAACCUCUGCUGGAGCACCUCCCCCUCCCGGCCCACCGCCACCUCCCCCUCUCCCCACCACACUUACUCCCACAGGUCUGCCUCCUCCCCCAGGACCACCACCACCUCCCACUGGCCAGGUCGUGCCUCCUGCUCCACCUCCACCUCCAGCACCACCUCUGCCCUCUGGUCUUUUUACUCCCUCACCCACCGGAGAUGACAACAAGCCCUUCUCUGGCCUGGCAGCUGCCCUUGCAGGCGCCAAGUUACGGAAAGUGUCAAGGAAUGAAGAGCCAAGUAUCGCAGCUGUUGGUGGUGUGACGGCUCCCAGCGCUGCCAAGCCCGAGGCUGCCCGAGGAAAUGGUCCGCUGCCUGGAGGAGGAGGACUCAUGGAGGAGAUGAGUGCCCUACUGGCCAGGAGAAGACGAAUCACAGAGAAAGGAGCAUCACCAGAGCCUGAUCAGAAAACGGAAGAAAUCGAAGCGACCGUUACUCCGAAACUGUCAGCCUGUAGCACACCAGACAUGCCCAGAAAGCCGUGGGAAAGGACAAACACCAUAAAUGGUAGCAAAUCACCAGUUAUCGGAAGACGGGAUGCUCCAUGGAGAAAUCAGAUGAGUACUGAAAAGUUCUGUGAUUCCAUAAACAGGCCGAGGUCUACGCCCACUCCUACUGGAUCCCUAAGUGCCAAUGGAGUGCCAUCAGAAACUCUGGACUAUGACAGAUUGAAACAGGACAUUCUGGAUGAGAUGAGGAAGGAACUGUCAAAGCUGAAAGAAGAACUUAUUGACGCGAUCAGGGAGGAGUUGGGCAAGUCCAACUCUGCGUAAGAGACCAUGACUCCCCAACUGUUUCCCAACCAUGGUCCAUCACAAGGCCAGCUUCAGUUCUGACACUCUCUAAAAAUGCAGUGGUAACGGACAUUUUACAAAAGCAUUUUAAACUCGUGGUGAUCACAAUAACCAUGUUAAUUCUGAAGGAGCGUUUGAGCGCGAUGCCUUUUUAGGGCUACAAAUACCGAGAAGAGAUGCCAUAGGUGUGAUUUUCAGGCUGUGGAACUUCCCUCCGUGUUCCAGCUAGCGGGUGGGACGCAGCCGUUAUUAGCGAAGUGACUGUCAAUAUGCAAAAGAUUACUCUAUCAUAGAAAGAUGAGCAAUCACUCUGAGGAGGGAAAAACAACACAACCUUUUACUGAACUCUAUACUGUAUUAAUCACUGAAGAGUGACUGUAUUUUCCAGCAGGUGAAGUUCAUUAUUUGGCACAUUUGCUUAUCAAAGGGCAGUCAUGUUUGGUCAGAAGUAGUGUGAAGUAGAGCUUAGCUUAGCUUAGCUUGCUUAGCACCACUGAGGAAAACUUGGAGUCGGGCCAAACAAGCAGACGAACGAACCAGGUGUAGUUUCUUGCUGCAGGACUUCGUAAAAAAGCUCGUCUUCCUGAUAUUAUUAUAAUCCCGGUAUGUAAUUUAAAGGCAAACUAGAUAUUCUUCAAUUCGUUUAAUUCUGUCUGUUCUAAUAUAUUCCAUGGCCAUAUGAAGUAGCUUAGCCAUGCGAUCUUGGGAUAGUCAGCAUCAGUUUCGGUAAUUUCCCAGUUACUUGCGGAGACAAACGCUCCGAAGUCUGUCUCCUAUAAACCACUGUACGACUUAAUCACCUUUGUCUUGUAUGUGGAGGAAAAUGGUUUGGAAUAAUCGGGCGAGUUGAUGCCUCUCUACUGUAAUUCAUUGUAGCUUUUUACCAAAUCCUUUCAGUCUCUAAACGAUGGGUGAAUGCCAAUAUCAACAAGACCGCAUCUGUAGAUAGUGCUAAUCAAAUCUAGCAUCUUUUUUUUUUUUUUUUUUUUUAAUGUUUCUUGGUCCACUGCAGGCUCUUCUGUUAUUUCUUUUGAUUUUUAGUGCAUGUCUUGUUCUGAAUGCUAUGGGAAAUCUUGCUGCCACGAAACUGAAAUCGUUUCUUGUUUUCAAUUUAUAAGCAAUAAGUGUAGCACUGACACUCGGUUUUCCUCCCUAUGCGCAUUUCUUUAUUUCCUGUAAUCAUCUCUAACCACAAUCGGUGAACGAAUGAGGGCGUGAGUGUUUUUAAACUGCACACGAGUUUUUGUCUAAUAAACUGUAAACGUGGACAACCUGUUUAUAGCUAUGGUUAAUUCACACAGGUAAACCGCUAUCCUCAAGAGUCCCUCAGACUUUUGUUUUUAUUUCUAAAUUCUGGUUUUGACGCUCUUUUAAUUCAUGGUGUCAUUUAUUUUCGAAUUUCAAGACUCUUGUUGGUCUAAAAGCUCUAUGUACAAUCAAGAGGUGGGAAAUGAAUCAACAGCAUAAGACUAAUGUGACUGGAGCCUGAUCAUGUUUUUUGGUUAUUUCUUUGAGUUGGUAAACGUAUUAUUUUAAUUCUUUCACACAGAGUAGCACAUUUUGUCAUGAUUAUUGCUAUAGGCUUACGAUCCCUCUUACUCAUUCCUGAUCAUUCGACAUCAUCUAUCAAGGAAUCAGAAAGUUUGUACAGAGACAGCAUUGAUUGCACUUUAAUAACCUGUAAGAUCAAAUAAUUCUCGAUACUGCUGAUGAUGUCAUCACCCCGUGUGUGGCAGUCCCACCAAAGUUCAACACUAACAAAUCUCCUGAACACCACACUGUCCCGAGCUGCCUUUUGUUUUCUGGAAGGCUGUGGACGAGAACCGUUUGCAAUCGAGAUUGAUUUCAUACAUGGAUGGAUAAAUCUGUUUGUGAUCUUCAUGGUUUGUGCCUUGUUCUGAAGUCGCAUUUAAUAUGUCAGAUAUUUUUUAAAAACAACUAGUAAUAAUUAUACGGCUAAUCAUAACUUCAUUCACGUUUUACACCCUGCUUCAGUACAAUAUAAAAGGGAGAUUUUAAGUUGUUGGGUUUUUUUUUCUUUGAAAAAUGUGCAUUUAUUCUUUAUGCCAUUUUUAUUGUUGCAGUAAGGUUUGUGUUAAAAGUGGUUUAUACGGAAUGUUUCGAAAUGUCUGAAAAUGUAAGGUUUGUUGCGGUGGGAGUCAUUUGAAUAACGGUGAAUUGGUCGACUGUGUUUUCUUUUAAAAAUAAAUAAAUAAAAAGCUGACUUCUCCGUCAUCAGGAGUGGCUGAGAACCACGUCGACUUUUCGGGUGUGUGGUGGAUUAGAUCUGUUUGAAUGUCCACAAAAUGCAUUUUAUUGGUUUCUUUUUUUUUUCUAUUUUAUCACUCUCCUUGUACCAUACUGUUCUCAUAUUAAUUAGAAAUUUCUUACAUGCAUUUGUUUGUUUAAGCAAAUGAAAUAAAAAUUGCAAUACA